UGAGUCUUAUCUUCUCUUUACUCCCCUCCUUUAAAUUCUAAAAAAAUCCUAUAAUUUAAAUAAGUAGAAGGUGAAAAGUGAAAACAUUAUUUAUUUUUCCAAACCGACACAAUUGUAUUCUUAGUCCAUAGUCCAACGAGACCGUUUUGUGUAAAAAUAAUCGUUUAGUAUAAGUUUAAAGUGGUAAAACUUUUUAAAUUGUGUAACAAAUUUUCUUGUAUUCGUAUUUAAUAAGAACAAACUGAAGAAAAUGGGUAAAGUCAAGGCAGGAACCGUUGUAGACAUCCUGGGAGAUGAAAUGACUCGUAUUAUAUGGGAUGCUAUAAAGGAGAAGCUUAUUUUGCCAUAUUUAGAUAUCGAUCUUAAAGUCUAUGACUUGGGAAUAGAAUACAGGGACAAAACUAGUGAUCAGGUUACUAUAGAUUGUGCAGAAGCCGUAAAAAAAUAUAAUGUAGGUAUUAAAUGUGCCACCAUUACACCCGAUGAAAAACGAGUUGAAGAAUUUAACCUGAAGCAAAUGUGGAAGUCACCAAAUGGAACUAUUAGGAAUAUUUUAGGGGGUACAGUAUUUAGGGAAGCAAUAAUUUGCAAAAAUAUUCCUCGUUUGGUUACUGGCUGGGAGAAGCCUAUUAUUAUCGGAAGACAUGCACAUGCCGAUCAGUAUAAAGCCACUGAUUUUGUAGUACCUGGUGCUGGUAAACUAGAAUUAAUAUUUGAAGGUGUCGAUGGUAAAAAAAUCACACAUGUUGUUCAUCAGUAUAAAGGCCCUGGAGUGGCAAUGGGAAUGUUCAACACUGAUGAGUCCAUCAUUGCUUUUGCUCAUUCGUCCUUCAAAUACGCCCUUGACAGAGGCUACCCCUUGUAUCUAAGCACAAAAAAUACAAUUUUGAAGAAAUAUGAUGGAAGAUUCAAGGAUAUUUUCCAGGAUAUUUAUGAGAGAGAAUACAAGCCUCAGUACGAAGCCAAAGGUAUAUGGUAUGAGCAUAGGUUGAUUGAUGACAUGGUUGCCUAUGCUAUGAAAUCCGAAGGAGGUUUUGUAUGGGCAUGUAAGAACUACGAUGGCGACGUACAGAGCGACUCAGUUGCUCAAGGUUACGGCUCUUUGGGCCUGAUGACGUCAGUAUUAAUUUCCCCCGACGGCAAGACCGUAGAGGCCGAAGCAGCCCAUGGAACGGUCACUCGCCAUUACAGGAUGUAUCAGCAAGGAAAAGAGACUUCGACCAAUCCGAUCGCUUCGAUUUUCGCUUGGACCAGAGGGCUUUUGCACAGAGCUAAACUGGACGAUAACGCGGAUCUAACAAAAUUCGCCAACACUCUGGAAGAGGUUUGUAUCGAGACUAUCGAGUCUGGAUUCAUGACUAAGGAUUUGGCGAUAUGUAUUAAGGGAAUGAGCAAAGUGCAACGGUCUGACUAUUUGGAAACAUUCGAGUUUAUCGAUAAACUGGCUGAUAAUUUGAAGAAAAAAUGGUCUUGCUGACUCUCGAAGCUUUAAAAAAAAAUGCACUGAAAGAAAUUUAAAAAAAAAUCUAUUUUACUAUACUUAUGCUUUAUUAUAUGUGUAUUUUUUAAGCUUGGACUGUGUGUAUUUUACAUUUGUAUUCUAAAGUGAAAAUAAAAGUAUAUUUAUGAAUGUG